CAUUUUUAGUUCAAACACAACCAACCCCUCUUCCUUUGUAUACUUUCCUCCCUCUCAUUCCACUUUUGUAGCAUAGCUGUAAUGCCUCUAAAUCCAUGGAACACCCUCUUCUCCUUCUUAACAAUCAUCCUUCCCCUCUUGAACCCUUUUGUAGCUUUCGCAGUUAAUCCACAAGGCGAAGCUCUUCUUUCAUGGAAGCAAAGCCUGAAUGGACCCACUAAGGCCUUGUCUAAUUGGAACCCAACAGAUGAAACUCCAUGUGGGUGGUUUGGAAUUACUUGCAACAUCAACAAGGUGGUUGUAGAAUUGGAAUUAAGGUACUUGAAUUUGUAUGGUAUAGUUCCGACUAAUCUCACUUCAUUGGUUUCUUUAACCAAGAUUGUACUUUCUGAUACAAACCUCACGGGUUCAAUCCCAAAAGAGAUUGCUACAAUACAUGAACUGAAUUACUUGGACUUGAGUGAUAAUGCGUUAACGGGUGAAAUCCCAUCUGAGAUUUGCAACUUGCUUAAGCUCCAAGAAAUCCACCUCAACUUCAACCAGCUAGAAGGCUUGAUUCCGGCUCAAAUCGGCAACCUCACAAGCUUGAAAUGGGUGACUCUUUAUGACAACCAGCUCAGUGGAGAAAUACCCAAUACCAUAGGCAACUUGAAGAACCUCCAGGUGAUAAGAGUCGAUGGGAACAAUAAUCUCGGAGGCCUUCUACCCCGAGAAAUUGGGAAUUGGACCGAGUUGACCAUGCUAGGCCUAGCCGAAACAAGCAUCUCGGGUUUCCUUCCUCCAUGUCUUGGUCUCCUCAAGAAGCUUGAAACCAUAUACAUUAGGAAAACUCUCCUCUCCGGCCAAAUCCCACCUGAAAUUGGCGACUGUACCGCCCUCCAAGAGAUCUCCCUCGAUCAAAACUCGCUCACCGGUUCAAUACCGAAAAGUCUUGGAAACCUCAAAAACCUCCGAAAUCUUUAUCUCUGGGGGAACAGCUUGGUGGGUAACAUUCCAUCAGAGCUUGGGAAUUGCAAUAAGUUAACACUUCUCCAUGUUUCGUGGAACUCGUUAACCGGAAACAUUCCGCAAAGUUUCUGA